AAUUAAUGCUAAUAUUAAGUGGUAGGAUUUCAAAGAGGCCUUAUAUGUAACAUUUUGGUAAAACAGACACCACAACGUACUUUAACAUUCAAAAUCAUUUAAUCUGUGGUGUCAUAUGACAAGAUUCGACAAUUAAUACUAAUAAUAAACUCACAGAAGCCUUAUGCAGAACAUUUUGUUAAAACAGACACCACAACGUAAUUCAUCAUUCAAAAUCCUUUAAUUUGAUGGGUCAUACAUCGAUUUCCGCUUAUCCGUUCAAAAGAUAUAUGGUAUAGUACCAUAAAGGCCGUUGCGGUAGCUUGGUCGAACUGCAAACGCUUAUUUAUUGUUAUUGACACUAAAACAAAACCAUUGGCAUAGAAAGAUCGCUUAUCGCAGUUUGAUCUCUAGCAAAUCCUAAUUCGCUCAAUUUUGCACCAAGUGCUCCAUACAAUAUACCAUUCGAAAGGUAUUUUCAUGCAUAUUACGAAAAUCACUCACCAAGUGCGAUACGAUCAUUAUUUAUGACCAAAAACAUCAUAAAACGAACCAACGUCAAAUUCUCAAUACUCUUGUACUAAUUAUAUCGAUAUAAAAUUUAUUUAUAGGAUACCAAAAAGGCAUUAUACGUGGCAUUUUGUUAAAACAGACACCACAACGUAAUUCAUCAUUCAAAAUCCUUUAAUUUGAUGGGUCAUACAUCGAUUUCCGCUUAUCCGUUCAAAAGAUAUAUGGUACAGUACCAUAAAGGCCGUUGCGGUAGCUUGGUCGAACUGCAAACGCUUAUUUAUUGUUAUUGACACUAAAACAAAACCAUUGGCAUAGAAUGAUCGCUUAUCGCAGUUUAAUCUCUAGCAAAUCCUAAUUCGCUCAAUUUUGCACCAAGUGCUCCAUACAAUAUACCAUUAGAAAGGUCUAGACGCUCACGAAGAAGAAGAAAAAGAAGUUGCAUUUGAAAUGUGGGUGUACCGACGCAAUUUUCGUAUAUACUAGACCGAACAUGUAGCCAACGUGGAGCUAAUCCACAUAAUCGGAAAAUGGAAAGAAAUCGUGAACACAAUUUAUUAUCAAGGGCAAAAUAGACAGUACGCAAGGGUUGGUCAGAAGAAAACAUUCGAGGGUCCAAAAUCUGUGGAAGUGGUUUGGAUGCACAUGGAUGCGCAUUGCGCAAUGCGAAUGUUUACGUUUGGUCGAACUAUUCAGAAGUGCCGUACGUAAGCAACAUCAGAAUUUCCAAAUUAAUAGCCAACGUUCACAAUGUACUUAAAGAAGAAAUGUAAAAUCAAUAUCAAAUCCUAGUAUAUUUUACGAAAAUAUUAUAUAAUUUGUAUGAAAUGAAUAAUCAAAGACUUAGAAUUAUUUUUAUAGAAAUAUUUUAAACUGCAUUUUUACAGAUCAAGAAGGUCAACUCUGACGUAAAUAAGUUGUUAUCAAACUACAUUUUUACAGGUCAAAAAGGUCAACUCUGACGUAAAUAAGUUGUUAUCAAACUACAUUUUUACAGGUCAAAAAGAUCAGUUUUAUGAUGCGGUUUCUACUAAUAAAAACGAUAAAUAUAUUAUUUUGUUCUAGAAUUUUAAGCUGAGAUAAGAGAGGGUAUAAAAUGACAGAAUCUAACAAGAACAUUAUAGAUGAGCGAAAGAAAUAGUGAAUUCAGUGAAGUGUGUGUGUGUAUACUUUUAUAAGAUAUUCCUAGCGUUCAGGCGUGUGGUCUGGUGAGUUUGAAAUCGUUUAGACGUGCUCUGGUGAGAGAUAACUUAUUGAUUUUUUGAUACAGAUUUUUGAUAAUUUUUUGGGUUUUUCAUAUUUUAAAAAAUUUAUUAUUAAUCUAUCUUUGAAUAAUAACUUUUGUGUUUAGACAUGUUGGCUAAACUUAUUCAGUUAAUUGCAUCCAUCUUAGGUUUAAUCAGAAAUGAUUAUAAUGAUGAAAAUUUAAGAAAGGGGUUGAUAGAAUGUAAUAAGACAUCCAAAAAAUUAAGGGACUCUAUGAGAUAUGCCAAGACGAUUGGUGAAAAGCAGCACCUCGAAGCCCAGAUGCGGCAGGUGAAAACAUUAAGAAACCAACUAAAAGCCGAACAGAAGAAGGGGGCGGGACUUAACACUCGACCGGAGACUGCUUACAAAAGGGUACAAUGGGAUGACUCUAUAUCUGCAUUUAAUUCAAGAAUUAGAACUGGAGUCAUCUCAAACCUUAAACACAAGGACCCGGGUAGUUUCCUGGUAGAUUGCAAAGCCCUAUUCAAACGUAGAAUUCAUAACGCUCUUAAGCAAAAUGAGGCAGUAAAGGUGAAUAUGGUAUUUGGUGGAGAAUUUCAAGUAGCCAGCGGAGAUAAGGUCCUCAAUGAUACCAAGUAUUUCACUACUUCAAACUCCCCCAUCUAUAGAGAUACGAAUAUUGAUGAAUGGUUUGAGAAAAAAGUAGUGGAGCCCAUCUCCAGAGACUUGGAAGAAUUCCAAGAACGCGAUUCUGGAUGGGCUCUAAAGGCAGUUGUUAACCUGGGAGUCAACAUUAACAAAUUUACACCGCAGCUUGGCUCCUCAUACAUUGAACUUCCCCCUCAGAUAAAAACAAAACAGGCAUGCAUUAAUGUUAAGAACGAUGACGAGGCAUGCUUUGCAUGGGCUAUCAUAUCGGCAUUAUACCCUACAACUAAAAAUGUCGAUUUAAUGACAUCUUACCCGCACUACUCGAGCAUAUUAAAACUUAAAGGUAUUCAGUGGCCUAUGACCAUCAAACAGAUUCCGAAUUUUGAAAAGCAGAAUAAUAUGUCGAUCAACGUGUACAUUUUGAAAAAGGAGAAGAAAAACUAUACGACCCUCCCAACCUUCCUAACAAAGAACAAGAAAGAUAAACAUGUGAAUCUUCUUCUUGUUCAAGAUACAUAUGAUGAGCAAGGUCCGAUUAGAUAUCAUUACGUUUGGAUAAAAAAUCUAUCCCGUCUGCUUUCCAACCAAUUAAGUAAAGAUAAGGGAACAAAGUAUUUCUGCGAUAGUUGUUUACAUUAUUUUAUUACUAAGGAAAAGCUAAAUGUUCAUAAGGCAUGCUGCAAAGGGCGAUCAGAUGUUAACUGUGAUAGGUGUUUACAAACAUUUUCAUCGUCUACACAGCUAGAAGCCCACACCAACGAUUGUGUAAGAAUAAAUGAAACAGCCAUCAAAAUGCCAGAACAAAGUCGUAAAAUGCUAAGAUUUAAGAAUUUCUGGAAUAAGAUUAAAGCCCCCUUUACCGUUUACGCAGAUCUCGAAAGUGCUCUAAAACGUACAGGAGAUCCUAAGAAACAUCAGGAACACAUUCCUGUAGCAGUUGGGUAUUUUUUCAAAUGUUCAUAUGAUGAUACCCUAUCGUUUUAUAGCUCAUAUCGAGGAAAGGAUUGUAUGAAAUGGUUCGCAGAUGAACUUAAUCAGCUUGCUGUGAAUGUUUCUACAGUGUUUAUGUGCCCAUAUGAUAUAGAUAUGACAUCUCAGCAAGAGAGUGAUUUUCAUGCAGCCACUCAUUGCCAUAUCUGCGAGCAGCGCUUCUCCCUCGAUGAUAAGAAAGUGCGGGACCACAACCACCUCACUCCAGAACAUAACUACAGAGGGGCUGCCCAUGAAGGGUGUAACAUUAAUUAUAAAGAUGCUCACACUAUCCCAGUGAUAUUUCAUAACCUUAGUGGAUAUGACGCCCACUUUAUUGUUAAUGAUAUUGCUACACAAAUCAAAGGUCCCGUAGAUCUUCUUCCUAUUACUAAGGAGAAAUAUAUCUCUUUUACGAAACACCUCAAUGAUGCUCGAAUUAAAUUCCGUUUUAUCGAUAGUUUUCGAUUUUUGGCGUCUUCUCUCGAUAAGCUCUCUUCUUAUUUGACCGAAUAUCCUAAUCUCCGCUCUCAAUAUACUUCGCUUCCUGAGGAGAAUUUUCAUCUUUUAACUAAGAAAGGAAUCAUGCCAUAUGAUUAUAUUGAUUCUUUUAUAAAAUUUACUGAAACGUCUCUACCUCCUAUUGAGUCUUUUUAUAAUAAACUUGACGAUAAACCAUGUCCCCGUCGGCAUUAUCAUAGAGCCCAAGAUGUCUGGUCUUCAUUCUCCUGUUCCACUCUCGGGGAUUAUGUCGAUUUAUACAUGAAAACGGACAUUCUUCUUCUUGCAGACGUCUUUGAGCAAUUUCGAACCAGUUGUCUCAAAACAUAUAAUCUUGACCCAGCUCAUUACUUUACUCUUCCCGGCUUCACGUGGGAUGCAAUGCUUAAGCACACAAAACAGGAACUGGAGCUUUUAACAGAUCCAGAUAUGUUUCUGUUUGUGGAGCGUGGUAUUCGUGGUGGUUUGAGUCAAGUUUGCUCGAAACGCCGCGUCCACGCUAAUAACAAAUAUAUGACAUCUUACGAUCCAUCGAAGCCCGACUCAUAUCUGAUGUAUUUCGAUGUCAAUAAUCAAUAUGGCUGGGCAAUGUCUCAAUUCCUUCCAUAUGGAGGCUUCGAAUGGGUCGAUGCCAACAUUGAUGUCCUGUCCAUAGCUGACGAUGCUUCUGAAGGGUACUUUCUCGAGGUCGAUCUGGCGUACCCCCAACAUAUCCACGAUCGUCAUAAAGAUCUUCCGUUUUGCCCCCAAUCAUUGAACCCUAAAACUAUGCUUCCCCCUAAACGACAGCGAGAGCAAACCAAAUUAAUGGCUACCCUUCAUGAUAAAGAAAGAUACGUAAUUCAUUACAGGGCCUUGAAGCAAGCGCUAGCUCACGGAUUGGUGCUCAAAAAGAUUCACCGAGUCCUGAAAUUUAAGCAGUCUCCUUGGUUAAAGUCAUACAUUGACUUGAAUACAAAUCUCCGGAAGGCAGCGAAAAAUGAAUUUGAGAAAAAUCUUUUCAAACUUAUGAACAAUGCUGUGUUCGGCAAGACCAUGGAAAAUGUACGCAAGCGCGUUGAUAUUAAAUUGCUUACUGAAUGGGAGGGUCGUUACGGAGCUGAAGCUCGAAUAAGCAGUCCAUUGUUUAAGAAUGUUACUAUUUUUAACGAAAAUUUGGUAGCUGUCGAGAUGCGUAGAGCGGAAAUAUGGUUAGAUAAACCAAUAUAUGUGGGCAUGAGUAUACUGGAUUUGGCUAAAACUACGAUAUACGAUUUUCACUAUGGGUAUUUAAAUAGAAGGUUUGGUGAGAACUUUACGACCUGCUAUACAGAUACCGAUAGUGUGAUCGUGGAGAUACGGGAAAAAGAUCCCUAUGAGGCUAUGAAAACAGACUGUCAUCGGCACUUUGACACGUCUGACUAUCCUAAAGACAAUAUUUAUGGCAUUCCCCAGGUUAACAAGAAGGUGUUGGGUAUGAUGAAGGAUGAGAAUAAUGGCUGCAUUAUGACUGACUACAUAGGGCUCCGAUCUAAAUUAUACACGAUAAAAGUAGCUAUCACAGAUAAUGACAUCAAAAAACUGAAGGGGAAGUUGAUAGAUCAGGAGUAUGAGGACGAUGAGAUUGAAAUACUUAUUAAAAAUUAUGGUGUGACAAAGAAGGCGAAGGGGGUUAAGAAAUCUGUUGUAAACACUAAAAUUACCUUCGAAGACUACGUCGAGUGUUUAGAUAACUUUACAACUAAGACAGCCUCACAGAAUCUAAUACGCUCAGAUAAGCACCAUGUUUAUACCAUAACACAAAGCAAGAUUGCGCUCAGCCCUAAUGAUGAUAAAAGAAAUCACCUUCCGGAGUCUUAUGACACGCUUCCCUGGGGGCAUUAUUUAGUUGAUAAUCUUGAGCUGGACGUUGAUUAGAUUUAACACAAAGUAAGAUUUCGAUAAGCCAAUCCUAUUUUAACAUUUAUCCUUGAUAAUUUGAUUGACUUUAAGAUGGAUGUUAAUUGAAUAGUCAUUUUUAAAGCUUUAUUUAUUACAACUACAAUAUUGAUACCUACAUCUGAAUCAGUCACUUUUUAUUAUAUUGCUCUUUUCAC